AUGGCUCAUCAUACUUGUAACCGGAUCCUUGGAUUAGAGGAUGAGUCCGGUCAAUGGGUCUCUGAUCCAGAGGAAUUGCUCAGGGUGGCUGUGAAAUAUUUUGGUGAUCUUUUUACAGCUUCUGCUUCAGGAGCUAAUGACAGGGUGCUUGAUCUUGUUGAGAAUAGGAUUCCAGAUGAGAUGAAUGAGAACCUUCUUAAACCUUUCACGAAGGAAGAUAUUUGGUGUGCGGUCAAAUCAAUGUCUCCCUUAAAGGCCUCAGGUAUUGAUGGUUAUCCCGUACUGUUUUAUCAAUGGUACUGGCAUAUUGUUAGUGAUGAUGUUUGUCAUUUUUGUUUGGAAGUUUUAAACGGGAGGAUUGUAAUGGAAGAAAUUAACAGAACUCACCUGGUUCUUAUUCCCAAAGUUGACAAGCCAAAAAACAUGGCCCAAUUCUGGCCCAUAAGCUUAUGUAAUGUCCUUUAUAAGAUCAUUGCAAAAGUUAUUGUGGAUCACAUGAGCCCUUUUUUGGGUUUCUGCAUUAACGAAGCCCAAGGAGCUUUUAUUUCGGGAAGGCAAAUAUCAGACAAUACUUUAAUUGCCUAUGAGGUUCUUCACACCUUGAAGAUGAAAAAGAAAGGCAAAAAAGGGAAUUUUGCUCUGAAACUCGAUCUUAGCAAAGCUUAUGAUUGA